AGGAGAAGGAUGCAGGCAUCAAGCUCUUUGAGUGCCCGCAAGAGGUUUGAGUUGGAAAACAAUAUCAAGGAAGUCGAUAGCAGAGAUGCAAUCUUUUACUACGACAGCAAUCAGCAAAAACAGAUUCAGAAUUCCCGUCCAUGGGCCAAGGAUCCUCAUCACUUUAAAAAAAUUAAGAUCUCUGCUGUAGCGCUCAUCAAAAUGGUCAUUCACUCCCGCUCUGGUGGAAAUAUUGAAGUCAUGGGCAUGAUGCAGGGAAAAGUUGUAGAUGACACCAUGAUUGUUAUGGACUCAUUUGCUCUUCCGGUUGAAGGAACUGAAACCAGGGUGAAUGCUCAAGCAGAAGGCUAUGAAUAUAUGGUCGAAUAUAUGACCAAAAUCAAACAAGUCGGCCGUCUUGAAAAUGCUAUUGGAUGGUACCACAGUCAUCCCGGCUAUGGAUGUUGGCUCUCUGGAAUCGAUGUUGGCACACAGAUGCUUAAUCAGCAAUUUCAAGAACCUUUUGUUGCUGUUGUUAUUGAUCCCAACCGAACUAUUUCUGCAGGAAAAGUUGAAAUUGGCGCAUUUCGUACAUAUCCACAAGGAUAUAGUCCUUCAAAUACAGAUGCACUAGAGUAUCAAAGUAUCCCAUUAAACAAAAUUGAAGAUUUUGGUGUUCAUUGUAACCAAUAUUACCCAUUGGAAAUUUCUUACUUCAAGUCAAGUACCGAUAGCCAGCUAUUGGAGCUUCUUUGGAACAAAUACUGGGUCAAUACGCUUUCAUCGUCGCGACUGUUGACUAAUCGAGAGUAUGCUGCAUAUCAAAUCAAGGACUUGGCCAACAAAAUUGAACACACUGAGAGUUCAGUUGGAGCUGCUCCCCGGAUGCUGAGUGUAGAAUCGGCCAAAAAAGACGAAGCUCCUAUAUUUAAACUAGCACAAGAUAGCUCCAAAAUUACAACAGAAGCCAUUCACGGACUUAUGUCACAAGUGCUUAAAGAUGUUUUGUUUAAUCCCUCAGUGCAUGACUGAGUUUUAUGGUAAACUACAUUGUAUCUUUUUAAAAUCGAAAAAUGUGUCAUUUUCAAUUUAAAGCAAAUGAAUCAAGCUCAAUGUCCAAAUCGGAUGGC